AUGAGCGACGAUGAGAUGAACGAUAAGACGACGUGGAGCUCUCAAAAUUUAAUAAGCUGGUGUAUGUUCUGGAUUUUCGAUCGAGAAUUGGAAUUCGAUUUUGGCAUUGCGAAUAAUCAACCGGAAAAUAA